AUUUUAAAAAGAUAAAUGACUGUCUUCCGGCACAUAACGCCGUGCAGUCUGGUAGAACUUUACAGACGUUUCAGAGGCGAUUUUAGUCCUGAUGAUGGAGGCAGCAAGAUGUUUGGCGUGAGACACUUGCAAAUAAUGCUCAUGUUCUUGUGCCUCGCCGUCGGGUACUCGCUGCGAGUCAACUUGUCUGUCGCCAUUGUUGCCAUGAUGGACAGGAAUGGGACAGGAGUCGAUUUUCCUGAAUACAACUGGGACCCAACUGUGAAAGCAAAUAUACUGACUUCUUUCUUCUGGGGCUAUGUCAUAACGCAAAUACCAGCAGGACAACUUGCUCAGAGGUUUGGACCAAAGAUCCUCCUCACAGGGUCCUUAUUUACAUGUUCAGUGUUCACUGUCCUGACGCCUCUAGCAGCUGAAAUUGGUGACUGGGGUCUCGUGUGCGGAGCAAGAGUGAUUCAAGGACUUGCCCAGGGAUUCAUAUAUCCUUCCGUUCACACCCUUCUAUCCAGCUGGGCUCCAAUUGAGGAAAGAGGCAGAUUUGCCACGUAUGUGUAUGCAGGAGGACAAAUUGGAACCAUCAUAGCCAUGCCUAUAUGUGGUGCCCUUGCAUCUUCAGCAAUAGGCUGGCCAUCUAUCUUCUACAUAUUUGGUGCAUUGGGUAUAUGCUGGGUUUUGCUCUGGAUGUUUCUGGGAGCAGACUCUCCUGGUACUCACAGGUUCAUCUCAAAAGCAGAACAACUGUACAUUGAAACCAACCUUGGUUGCAAAGUAUCUACCGACACAAAACGUCAGACUCCUUGGCUUGAAAUUUGCACUUCAUUACCCUUGUGGGCUGUAGUCAUUGCCCACUGUGGCCAGAAUUGGGGCUUCUGGACAUUGCUUACAGAGAUGCCAUCUUAUAUGAAUUCCAUCCUCAAGUUUGAUCUGCAGUCAAAUGGCCUCCUAUCAGCACUGCCAUAUCUUGUCAUGUGGCUCAUGAGUUUUGUCUUCAGCUGGGUGUCAGAUUUUCUCAAUACAAGGCACAUAAUAUCACUUGGUACAUCAAGAAAAGUAUUCAACAGUAUUGGGCACUGGAUUCCUGGAUUGGCUCUGAUUGGUCUGACUUUGUCCAACACAACCGACAGCACAGCAGCAGUGGCAUUGCUUACACUAGCUGUAGGUGUCAACUCUGCCGUUUAUGUUGGUUUCCAGCUGAAUCAUAUCGAUUUAUCUCCAAAUUAUGCUGGGACAAUGAUGGGAAUUACCAACUGCAUAUCUAACAUCAUGUCUAUUAUUGCUCCACUUCUUGUCGGAUUUAUAGUCACAGAUGAGGAAAAUGAAACACAGUGGCACACUGUGUUCUACAUUGCGUCUGGUGUGUACUUUGGUGGUAAUCUGUUCUUUGUGCUGUUUGGGAAAGCUGAAAUCCAGUCUUGGAAUGAACCAGAUUCGCCAAGAGAUAUAGAAGUCACGGAAAACAAUGCUAUGAAGAAAACACAGGCAACAGAAACGCUAUGAAGAGUAUGGCACUAGCGACAUGCUUUAACAGAUGUGCCCUGCCUUGGCGAGGUGGUACCGCUGAUUUAUAGCAGUGGUGGUGAAGUACAAAGGGCAAGCAUAAUGUAUGGAAGAGAGACAUGCUGAACUUAUGCAGCUCUUCUGCCAAGCGCAACAUGAUAGAAAAAAUCAUUUGUACACAGUGUAUAUUAUAUUGAAUUGUAUAUCGAAAGAUUAUUCAAGUCAUUUUAUGCAGCAUUUUAGUCUGCUUUCAGUUUUGUAUAAGUUAAAUUAAACUUACAUCCAAUAUCAAAA